GAGGUUUUUCUAAACUCGCUGGCAUCCUCGGUGCUGCUGAAGGGCUGGCUGCCUGCGGCUUUCUAAAGGCCAGGCCAACAGCAGGGCUCUGAGAACGUGGGACAGCGAAGCGGCAGAAAACGCGGAAGGUCGCAGGCCACCCCAGACAUUACUUGGGCCAGCUUGUGAGGCUGCGCGCUUGACGGCUCCUUUGCGACGAUUACCGCGACAGCAGUAAAGCGAGGCUUCCACCGCUGCUGUAGAGCGAGCCUUGAAGGAAGAAAAUUAUAUACAAUUUUACUAAAGACUGAUGGUGGAGAUCAGUGCAUUGUGGUUUCUAUUUUGCAACAUUUGAGUAUCUCUUUGUUCACAGAAAACAAGAUUAUCUUCCUGUUUCACGAAGAAGAUGAAAACAGCUGGGUUACUGUUGAGAACAUCUGAAAAAACUCUGCAGACCAAUGAGUAGAAUCAAUAAGAACGUAAUCUUGGCCCUUUUAACACUGACUAGUUCUGCAUUUCUGCUGUUUCAGCUGUACUACUACAAGCACUGUUUGUCACCAAAGAACGGAACUGGUUCAUCAAAGUCCAAGGGAAACCGAAUUGGAUUUGAUAGCACACAAUGGCGUGCAGUUCAGAAAUUUGUUAUGCUGACAUCCAGCCAAAAUGUGCCAGUGUUCCUUAUUGACCCUUGGAUUCUGGACUUGAUUAAUAAAAACUUGGAACAAGUGAAAAAUACUUCUCAAAGCUCCACUUCAGACUGCAGGUUUUUCUGUGUUCCAAGAGACUUUACGGCAUUUGCACUGCAGUAUCACCUGUGGAAGAAUGAGGAUGGCUGGUUUCAGAUAGCUGAGAAUGUGGGAUUUCAGUGCUUAAAGACUGAAAGCAAAGAUCCUCGGCUAGAUGGGAUCGACUCACUUUCUGGAACUGAAAUCCCUCUGCACUAUGUCUGUAAGCUGGCCACUCACGCCAUCCACUUGGUGUUCUUUCAUGAGAGGAGCGGCAACUACCUCUGGCAUGGUCACCUGCGGCUCCAAGGACACAUGGACAGAAAGUUUGUUCCUUUUCGAAAGUUGCAGUUUGGCCGUUAUCCUGGAGCUUUUGAUAGGCCAGAGUUACAGCAAGUUACUGUGGAUGGACUAGAUGUGCUUAUUCCAAAAGACCCAGGACGCUUUCUAGAAGAAAUACCACACUCCAGAUUUAUCGAGUGCAGGUAUAAAGAAGCUCGGGCAUUCCUUCAGCAGUACCUUGAGGAUAAUACUGUGGAUGCUAUGGCCUUUCGGAAGAGGGCAAAGGAAUUACUGCAACUAGCCGCCAAAACGUUAAAGGAAUUGGGAGUGCCCUUCUGGCUGAGCAGUGGAACUUGUCUAGGAUGGUAUCGGCAGUGCAGUAUUAUUCCUUAUAGCAAAGAUGUCGACCUAGGAGUUUUUAUACAAGAUUACAAACCUGAUAUUAUUUUGGCAUUUCAGAAUGCUGGACUUCCACUAAAACACAAGUUUGGGAAGGUGGAAGACAGCUUGGAACUCUCCUUCCAGGGAAAAGAUGACGUCAAACUUGACAUUUUUUUCUUCUAUGAAGAGACUGACCAUAUGUGGAAUGGAGGCACGCAGGCCAAAACAGGGAAAAAGUUUAAGUACCUGUUUCCCAAGUUCACACUGUGCUGGACCGAGUUUGUAGACAUGAAAGUCCAUGUGCCCUGUGAAACACUUGACUACAUUGAAGCCAACUAUGGUAAGACCUGGACGAUUCCUGUCAAGACAUGGGACUGGAAGACCUCACCCCCAAAUGUGCAGCCCAAUGGAGUCUGGCCUAUUUCUGAGUGGGAUGAGGUUAUCCAGCUGUACUGAGAAUACAAAGUUAUGGAGGGACAUUUCCCAAAAGGAAGGCGGGUAGCUGUUUAAAACAUGUGAGAGCCAAAGAAGAAAAAUGAAAAGUUUGAAGACAGAAAUGUUCUAACUCGUGGGCCGUCUAAUCAGCUCUGCCAUUCAGCAUUUAAAACUGAGCCGUUUCUACACCAGGUAAAACACUAGGUUCUGGUGGUCAGGCAGAGAUGAAUGAGCAAAUGCCUGCCUCCCCCUUGUCAUGUCCAAUUUUCUGUUAAGGGAGUCUCCCCCACCUUCUGAAGAGCUGAUGUGCAUUGUGAUGUAUUCCAUGAUUCUUAGAACUUUAAAUAAUGUUUAUACUGGAAAGUGAGCUCAUCAGACAAAGCUAAGGAAGGGUACAUUCGUUAGGAAUAAUUCCUUCCUGCCAGCCCUCAGGCCUUAAGCUGCUGUGAUAGUGCCCCUUUUCGGAUUGUGGAAUAUGAGUUAGUAUUUUAUUAGUGAUUAGACUUUGUGUCACAUAGAGAAAGACAGUGGCAGACUCAUUUUACAAGCAAUGCGAUCCACAGUUGACUUAAAGCACAGGGUGAUUUAUAAAGGAAGAUGAGAGCCCAUUUCAAGUCUUGUCAAGACGUAUCCUCUUUUCUUCAUAUUGGAAGUGAGAAGGUGAUGCCUAUGUGAUACUUAAAUGUCUGACAUCAUAGGAACAUUGUCACUGACCUGCAGUAGUUCAUGAUAAGUCACUCAGUCAUGCUGCCCAAAAGUUGUGAUUUCACAGAGCUUACUUUGCUCAUUUCAUUCUCAAUGGCUGUUAGACUUAAAAAAUAGGAGUUCUUCAUGGAUAAUUUUCUAUGUUCUGAACUUCUAACUCUUCUACCCUUAAUUUGAAUGUUGUUUGACACUGAAUACUAGUAGAUAUACCUCUGAGUUUUCUAAUAUACUCUUUAUUUAUUUAUAAACCAUAGUGCUGUUUCUUUAAUUGAUAGCCUACACUCUUAAUUGAUUUAGCUAAAGAUAUGACUGUUGUUCUAUCCAAUAUUAUUCAGGUUUUCAUGAUGGAGGAUUAAUGUGAACCUGAUAACUCUUCCUCAUUCCAAAUCAUUGCUUUUAAAACCUGUGUCCAUCUCUAGAUUUUCUUUCUGCUGAGUGUAAUAGUGCAAGGACUCAGACUUCCCUACACCUGCUGGAGCCCUUGGCCUCCUUUUUCUUCUCAAAAUAUAUUCGUGAAUAGGCUAGGUUAGCUGCACCCAUCUCUGUAUCUGUACUGAAGUGAUGUGCUCUAAAUGAGAUAUGCAGGGCAGUCUGCCACAAUAAAUGCUGCCUGGGAGAGGAGGUUCUCUACUCUCUGCUGCUUAGCGAUGCUUUCCCUGGCAGCUUGACAGAUUUCCCUGUGGAACUAUAGUUACUAAAAGGGAAACCAGAAUAUCUGAGGGAAUGGGCUGGCAGAAAUUAUAAACCAAAACCAAAACCAAAACCAACCUAGGGAGAUGUCACAUGAAGCGACCAACUUCCAAAUUUUAAAAUCACAUGAAAACUCUUUGGUGGAUGAAAAACCACAGUCUGUGAGGAUACAUCCUCCAUGUAGGAAUACUGAGUCUCACCAUAGCUGUCAUAUUCAGAUUUUCAGGAAACACAUUAUAGAUCAUAAAGAGUUCCAUCCUAGAAAAUAACUCCAUGGAAUAUGUAUCCAUGUUUUAGAUAGAUAACCCUAAUUUUAUUUUAUUUUUUUGUGCACUAGAAACAAAAUGAUUAUAAUAGUGUUCUUGAGAAAAACCCACCCUAUCUGGAGAGAACUGUUUGUUUGUACUCAGUAUCCAGAAGUAAGUUCACUCACAUCACAUUUCUUGAGAGCUCCCAUCUUCUGCCAGGAGGUCUCACCUACUCCUGUUCAAGUUACUUCACCUGUGUCCAUCUUUGGAGUUCAAGGUCUGGAAGUGUCCAGAAUACAGGCUGUCUUGGCCGUGGUCAGAGGUUCUAUAUUCCUCCCUACACAGAGGACAGCUAAACUUCUUGUCUUUCCUCUGGUUUGGCAUUAGUGUUGAAGUUCCUUCCUAUCUUGCAGAACUGGAAGGUGAGGCCUGCAUCUCAAAAUGAUCCCAUUAUUCAGUCACAGUUAUGCCUGUGCUUCUCAACCUUUGAACUCUGCUGAGUGUCCAGAGACAUUGGGUUAGGUUUGCCCACCACCUGUACCUUCUCAGAUCACUUUUCCUUUCCUCCCUGAAUAUGCCAAGUGUCCUUCUCCUAUAUGACUACUUUCUGGUCCCAUCGCCUGGCUUGCUUGAAGGCACCAUGUGUAGUAACUUGUUGGUACAUAUGUAACCAAGAUUAUCUGCAGAGACCCUGAGAAGCAAAUGCUUUCUCAGUUUGCAACAGCCAGCUACUUCUCCAAGCAUGGGGCAUAUGUCGUGCUCUUGGCUGCAGUUAUUGACAUCUGGCCUCCGAGAUAAAAUUCUAGUAACCACAACUGGGCGUCCCUAUGAAUAGCUGAGCAGUUAGAGAGCAGGCUUCCCAGAUUGCCUAGCUGCAGACCCUGAAAUGUGGCCCCUGUGUACUCAGUGAAACAUUCACUCUAGCCCACAAUUUCUCAGCCACUGAGUAAUCCCAGGAAGGAGUGAGCUGAGCAAAGAGCUGAGGCCGAGAUCCAAGCAUUCUAUGACUUCUAGUCUGCUGCUGUCUGCAGUCCUGAGAUCAGUUCUUAGUGUGGCCUCCAUGACACGUCACUCCAGUGUCUCAGAGACAUGAUCUUUGGGGUGUUCCUGCCAUCCCCACUGAAGGCCUGAGGUGACAAAAGAUGCUAAGGAGGAAUGUUUCUUUCUUGUCCAAAAUCGUUUAACUAGGACACAGAAAUUGCAGGAGAGGAUACACUGCCUUACUCAGAAGGUGGCAUGACAGAAGUUGCUUAGAAAUCAAUGGGGGCGGGGCGCUGAUGAGAUGGCUUAGAGGGUAAAAGCACUUGUCACCAAAUCUGACAACUUGAGUUGGAUCCCAGGAUCCAUAUGGUGCAAGGAGAGGAUUGAUUUCCACAAAUGGCCUGUGGCCCCUGCCAACAUCACUCUGUGCAAUGACUCACAGAACCAAAGCUUUGGAAUGCUUAGUCAUUUACUACCUACCCUGGAUAGACAUGUGGGCUAGGGGAGUCUUCUUGCCCAGCAUGUGAGGCCUGAGUCAAUCAAUAUAAAGCACCAGAAAUCUGAGCAGAAGGAUUACUAUGUUCAAGGCCACCCUGGGCUACAUAGUGAGUUUCAACCCAUCCUGGGCUACUAUGUAAUACCCUGUAUUGAGGGAAGGCAAGAGAGUGAGAAUAUACUCAUGUCAAUCAUCUGCCCACACAUUUAUGGUUUUUUUCUAAAUUAAGCAAGACUCAGCAGGGUAUGUAAUGCUGUUUUAAGUCACUUCACUUUAGAGCAAAAUACUAAUUGUAGUGAAUUAUAGGCAAGCAGACCAAUUCAGUGUUGAGACCUUUCAUAUAAGACCAGUAAGCAAAUAUAAAUUUUCUGAGAAAUUUGUUUCUGUACCCUCUCACCUAGGCUAGAAUUUGUCACUAUAGUUCCUGGACCCAAGCUAAUAGGAUUUCUCUGAGGGCCCAUGUAGUCAUCCAAACUUCUACUUAUUACCUUCACAGAAGAGCGUACGUAUAUAGGAAAGCUUUGUCAUAUAAGGUAUUCUGCCAUACACUUUAAAAACUCUAAGCUCUUACAAACUUCUGGCAAUUUAUUCAAAGCAUGAAAACUAGUUCAUGAGUCUGUUAAAUGCAAAUCAUGUAGCUCUGUCAACAUGUGUAUGACUAUGAACAUGUAUGUGAAUUUUCUAGACAAAGUAAUAUUUUAAACAUGAGAUUUCAGUGUAUGCAUACCAGUUUACUAUUUGGUUUUUGUCUUAAGGUAUAGUUUAUGGUACUGCUGAAAACACUUUUAAUAUUAUUACUAUGAUCUUAAUUUGUAAUUUAUAACCUACUUUGGGAUGAUUAAUAAAAUGUUUUAAUCUCUAAAA